AUGCAUCCUCCUGGAAACCCACGUCCCUGCUCAAGCGUCUACAGUCAAGACGAAGAUCCGUUCGGGGACAACUUCUCAUUAGAAGAUCUCGCUCGAAGGGUUGAUGAAUCUACAAAAGUCUCGGAAUCUAAUACCCUUGUUCAACUAGGGAUAGAGAACCAAAUAUUGUCCCAACAUGUUGCAUACUACCAAAGAGAAUGGGAUGCUCUGAUAGACUUACUAGAAGAGUUGAUAGACGCAGUAUUACUCAUCACAAGCACUUUGAAGAAUUUCAAUCACAAGAGGGAGGAAGCUGAAACUGCUUGGUUGGCAUUUUGGGGUAUCAAAGAGGAAGCAUCAUGUAUUAACUGGAUAUAA